GGCGGCGGCCCCUCGGCUGGCUCCAGGCUCGAGCAGCCCCGGGCCCGUUCCUAAACCCGUGACGUGCCCCUGGGGCGCGCCGGCGAGACCUCCUUUCGGGGUCCGAGAGCCGAGCAGAGGCGGGGGAGGCUGGUCGCGUGUCGUUGGGCGCGGGGCUUCCUGCUCCGCGGUGGGAACAUGUGCUGCGAGAAGUGGGGCCGCGUGGCCGAAAUGUUUCUCUUCAUUGAAGACCUGGAGGAGGAUUCUAAGAUCCUGUGCCUGUGCUCCAGGGCCUUCGUGGAAGAUCGAAAAUUGUGCAAUUUGGGAUUAAAAGGCUACUAUGUCAAAGGCAAUGGUGACAAUGCAGGAGACCAAGCCACAGAAGAGGAGGAAGGUGGCACUACAGAGUCACAGGACAGCAAAGGCUUAGGCCUGGAUGAAAGUGAACUUGAUUCUGAGGCUGAACUCAUGAGAAGUAUGGGACUACCACUUCAGUUUGGUGGUGUAUCUGCACAUAAGAAUUUUGAGGUGUCUAUGAAUACUAGAAAUAAAGUUAAAAUCAAAAAGAAAAAGAAAAAACACCAAAAGAGGUACUUAGAUGAAAUUAUCAGAGAAUCUUGGAGACAAGAAUAUGAAGAAGAUGACAUUUUGGCCUCAGACAAUCCGUGUUCAGUUGAACAGUAUGAGAAUACCAAAACAUGUAAACUUCAAACCAAAAAAGACAUUGAAACUGAAAAUCUUCCUGUUGAAACUACAUUAUGUCCAAAGCUAGAAAUUACAGAGAAAUGGGAAAAAUAUUGGAAUGAAUAUGGUGGAGUACUGUUAUGGCAAAGCUGGCAAGAAAAACAUUCAGGUCAGACGCUGUGCUCUGAACCUUGGAACAUUCCUGAUACAAAAGAGGAAUGGGACCAACAUUACAAUCAACUUUAUUGGUAUUAUUUGGAACAGUUUCAGUAUUGGGAAGCUCAGGGUUGGACUUUUGAGGCCUCAGAAACCUGUGAUACAGAGACUUGUGGGCCUAAAAUAGUUGACAACGAGAAAGGUGAAAAUUGCAUAAAAGCGGACUUGACGUCUUUUCCAUCUUCAUCUAUUACAAUUGAUAGUGAAAGCUCUAGUUCAAGUGAUAAAGAGCAUAAAGAAAUACUUGAUGGGAUUAGUAAUAUAAGUCUGAAUUCAGAGGAGGUGGAACAGAGCCCGUUAGAGUCUUCAGUGAGUUGCGAUGGAUGUCAGUUGCCAAGUGAAGUCGGCAGCAGCAGAGAAUGCCCUGCUUCUGGCCAGAGUGAACCAUGUCACAGAGGAACCAAGGACAACAGUGCCUCUGGGAAUGGAGGCACAGACCAACCAGCUCAGGAUGCUCAGGACUCUUCAGAAGCAAACACAAUUAAAGAAAGACCACACCCCAACCGAGCUGACGGAGACGAGAGUGAGGAAGAGCCACCUGAACAGAAGCCCAGCAAACUCAAGAGGAGCCACGAGCUGGACAUCGAUGAAAACGCAGACUCAGACUUUGAUGACAGUGGUUCCCUUCUGGGAUUCAAGCAUGGCUCGGGACAAAAAUACGGUGGGAUUUCAAAUUUCAGUCGGCGGCGGGUCAGAUACCUGCAGAAGAAUGUGAAGUAUAAGUCAAAGUUCCUGGACAUGAGAAGACAAAUAAAUAUGAAAAACAAACACAUCUUCUUUACUGAAGAGUCAGAAAAAACAGUUUUCAAGAAAAGCAAAGCUUUGACUAAGGUAGAAAAGUUCCUAAAGUGGGUUAGUGAACCAGUGAAUGAGGAAGCGCCACAGGAGGCAGCAUCUCAGGACAGUGUACAAGACACGUGCACAAGCAGUGAUUCAGAGGAACAGGAACCGUCUGUUAAAACAGGUGGUGACCUGCUGGCGACAAGCCAGCAAGGACCUGAAAAGUGUCAGGCUGUAUGUGCAGCCGGGGAACCUGAAACAGCAAACAAUGAAGGAGACAGCACAGUGACGGCUCUUACAGAUGAGGAAGACUGUGCCACUCGGAUUACACCAGACUCUCUUCAGGCAGACGCUGCAGCUCAAAGUAAAAAGAAGAAGAAGAAGAGGAACAAAAGGGCGAUUGGCCUGCCUCCCGAAAUAGCUGCCGUUCCUGAGCUGGCAAAAUACUGGGCCCAGAGAUACAGGCUCUUCUCCCGUUUUGAUGAUGGGAUCAAACUGGACAGAGAGGGCUGGUUUUCGGUUACCCCCGAGAAGAUCGCUGAGCACAUUGCUGGCCGCGUCAGCCAGUCCUUCAAGUGUGAUGUUGUGGUAGAUGCGUUCUGUGGAGUCGGAGGAAAUACCAUUCAGUUUGCCUUAACAGGAAAGAGAGUGAUCGCCAUUGACAUUGAUCCUGUUAAGAUUGAUCUUGCUCGCAAUAAUGCCGAAGUUUAUGGAAUAGCAGACAAGAUCGAGUUCAUCUGUGGAGAUUUCCUCCUGCUGGCUUCUCAUCUAAAGGCUGAUGUUGUGUUUCUUAGCCCCCCUUGGGGAGGACCAGACUAUGCUACUGCAGAGACCUUUGACAUUAGGACCAUGAUGUCUCCUGAUGGCUUUGAAAUCUUCAGGCUUUCCCAGAAGAUCACUAAUAAUAUCGUUUAUUUUCUUCCAAGAAACGCUGAUAUUGACCAGGUGGCCUCCUUAGCCGGGCCUGGAGGGCAGGUGGAAAUAGAACAAAACUUUCUUAAUAAUAAACUGAAGACAAUCACUGCGUAUUUUGGGGACCUGAUUCGAAGAUCAGCCUCUGAAUCAUAACUGUGAGGUGGUAUAAGGACAAAUGGGUCAUGUGUGGUCAGAACAUUACUCAGAGGAGACCCUUGGAUUUCUUUCUGUCGUCACAAAUAUUUUGUACCCGUGGUCUUAUAUCACCAAUGACAUGGACACUUACAGUAUUUUAAUUAAUCUUAAUGAGGUGCUUAGACAUCUUUGGGUAAUAUUAACUGUGUGCGGCCUCCAUUCAGAUGGCUGUAUCUGAGAUGGGAAAGGUGGGCCUCCCCCUGUGUUCAGUGUCAAACAAUGUGUGUAUAUGUACGUGUAUGUCUAUAUAUAUUUUUUAAUUGUGUAUGUUUUGGCUUAACAUCUUUGUGCGUAAAAAACAAUUACUCUAUUUUUUCUAAUACAGAGAAAUAAGAAAACAUGAAUGAGCUGUAGUCUAUCUGCCCGUUAGACCCCUGUGAGAUAAGUAAUGGUAAACCUUUAAGGGCAGAAACAUAAACAGUACAGAAGGGUACAGAAUGAAAAAUAAAACUUCUACCCCUUCCCCUACCCAUUAUUCAUUUAUCUAAAGGUAACUACAGCUAACAGUAUUUUAUAAUUCCUUUGGAAGACAGAAAAAGAAUUGCACUAUACUUUAAUACAGUUUUUUCCCUCUCAUUGAUGCACUGGUCAAUACUCCCCCAUUUUUCACUUAAUGUAUUUUUUUUUAAACUAUGUACAUUUCACUAAUGUAUCUUGAAGACCUUUUCCACCUCCUUACAUACAUGAAGCUCUACCUCAUUCCUUUUCGUGGCCAUCUUCUAUUCCAUCACAUUGUAUUAAUUUAACUGGUCUCUGUUGAUGGAUAUUUGGGCUGUUUUCAGUUUUUUGCAACUGUGAAUUAUUGUGGGCAUCAUCAAGCAUUUUAAUUUUGUUAUCUUAGUAUGUCAGGAAAAUGCUAUCUUAUUGUUUGUAUGUAUUCCUUAAUUAUGAAUGAGAUUUGAGCAUAUUUUCAUAUAUUUUGGUCUUAAUAGUUUUCCCCUUUUAAACUUACUGUUUUUAUCUUUUAUUAAUUUUGGGGCAAUUGUUAUCUUUUUCUUAUUAAUAUACAUGGAUUCUUCAUAAAUUAACAAAAAUCAACACCCUGUGUCUUCAGUGGGUGUUGCAAAUAUGUUUUUCCAGUUUGUUAUUGGCCUUUGCUUGUUUUGUAGCUUGCUUUUUUUUUUUUUUUUUUUUUUGNGUUUUUCCAGUUU